AUCCGAAUAUCAAUCAGUUCAAUGCUAAUCGUGAAAUCGUAAGGUUUGUUUGAUCGAGAAACAAUCAUCACCUGUUCUCAAAAGUUGUCGAUUAUUUGUUGCGGACAAGUUAAAUCAACAAGCAGUUAAGAAAAAUGUUGUAUUCGCAAAUGCAGUCUAACCCGCUCCACAUGCAUGCCCGGGCCCGCUUCAGUGGCAUUCGUAUCGUUCCGGCGAAGGCCCCGUCCUUGUAUCAAGAGUGCGUGAAAGUGUUUGUGGCAGAGUUGGCUCGCUCGGAACAACAAGAUCAACAAGUUGCGGAAAUGAAUUUCCUUCCGGCGAAGUUGUUGGCCAACAUAUUCGAAGAAAUGUGCGAAUAUCCAGCUCUAUCGGGUGUGCUCCGAAAGCUACUUUGUGAUCCGGUUCUGUUCAUGAGGGUCUUCACCAACCAGAGUCUGUACGUGGUGGGCAAAUGCCUCCGCCAUGCAUCUUCUUCUUCCGGGAAACCAAUUGUACCGGAACUUACCAAAAACUACUGUGAUAUGGUGCGCGACGAGCCGCUUGAUUCGAGUUCAUCGGCCUUCAUGAGUCGCAUUCAGGGAGCUUUAAAACUGGGCAGCUUCGUGUACGAAGCCGGCUGGGCCGCAAGUAGUGUUAAAGUGCUGAAAGUGGUGCAAAGCAUGAUCUCUUCUGUUGAGGAUAAACAGCUUCGCGCCAAACUCGAACUGGAUUGCAUUCAGCGAUUGCUUCGUGCUGAGGCAAGCUCUGUGAUAUCGAAGGCCGGCAAAACCUGCGACAUUUUACUUUCGCUGACAACCACCGUCGAGGACACCAACGUCCUCAUCAAAUCGUAUCUGCAGGUGGCCUAUUACCAGUACCGUGCCAGACAGUACGAGCAGUGCCACGAAUGGACGCUGAAAACGAUGAAUCUCAUCACAAGCUCAACGCCGAUCGAUGACAUCAUUGAGGUGCUCCAACUGGAGGCAUUAUUCUGUUUCAACAAACAGCGCUAUGACCUCGGCAAUAUGCUAAUCAGUCAGGCUAUUCAACGUGCUCGUUCACACUAUGGAACCUACCAUCGGGGCUAUGCCGCCGUCCUUCAGAACUACGGGCUGUGCCUGAUCAAAAUGAACGCUACCUCGGCGGCUAUCCCAGCGCUCAUGGAAGCGCUAGACGUCACCGUUAGACACCUAGGAUCUCAAACCCCCCACGUGCCAAUGAUCGAGUCGUACAUCGCGUACGGGUUGUUCCGACGGUCCCAAUCCACCGGUCGGUUUGAUAUGGCUCUAGACCACAUUGACAGAGCGAUCGCUGCUACGGGACAAAUGAUGCUAUCCGGCGCCAAACAGACGCUCGACUAUCUCAACGCCGUUCGCGAUCUGAUUCGCAAGGGAUGCGACAGUGCCCGGACCGCAACCAAAGAGUGCAAACCCGCCAAAGCGGACAGCUACGACCAGUUCACGUUUUCCGAAAUUCGGGAGAAGUACUUCGAGCUGAACGAAUCGUUUGAGAAAGAGAUAACAGCCUGAUAGUUUCGUAGGAAUGGGAUCAUUUGUUUUUAUAUUAGCUUAUGUUAAGCUGUGUUACAAAAGAAAUGUUUUAUGUUUAAAAUAAAAUUUAUAAUAAAUUUCUUAAAAUUUAA